AACAGAACACAACAACAGAACCCAACACAACAGAACACAACAACAGAACCCAACACAACAGAACCCAACACAGAGAAGAGGUCUGGGGACUAAGGAUACCAUCAUGAUUUGUGCUUCUCUCUAUCGGUUUGAGAAAUGUAAUAAGAGACCCAUUGAAACUAAUUGGAUUGAACAUGGAUUACCAGUGUACUCCUAAAGCCAGCGAGGCAGCGGCAGAUUUCUCUUAAAUCCAAAAGAACACUUUUCAGGGACGCGUUCUCUUUUUUAUCUGCAAGAUCGAUUUCCAGACCACUGAUUGGUUGAUGUGGUGGCUUCCUUCCCGGCCAGGUUAUCGGCUGCGUUAGCUAUCUACCAGAACAGACCGGAGAGAGAGAGAGAGAGAGGGAUGGAGAGUCUGGACGAACUAGAGCACCCUCUCCUAGGAAAGGAGAGCCCCAAGGCAGAUCCCCGAGGCCUGGGUACUACCCGCCUGUUCAACGGUGUCCUGAUGAGGUGUGAGGAGGAUAAGACACUGCCGCUGGGCUGGAGGGUGUACUGCGGGGGGGCAGGAGAACAUGGACCAGGGGAGCUCGGACACCAGCAGGUCCAGCAGCAGCUGUUAGACCCUUGCUCCCUCCCCAGCACUCUGGAGACCCUGUACCCACCGGCUCCUCUCUGGGGCCACCCUGAUGCCACGGGCCUGGGGAACAAGGACUACUUGGAGACCACGUUUGUGGACAUCUACCCCGAGUCACCGCUGGAGAGGAAACUGUUUGCAGAGAGCCAACAGGACCUUCACUCUGUCUUCUACAGCCUAGAGGACGAAGACGAUCUGCUGCCCGACUACGAGGACUCGUCCAGCGAUGAAGACUUCAGUGAUACGGACAGUGACAGUAAUUUCCCCCUGAUGAUUCCUCAGGAUUACCUGGGUCUUGCCUUCUUCUCGAUGCUCUGCUGUUUCUGGCCUCUAGGCAUCGCUGCAUUCUACCUGUCUCAAAAG